ACAGCGGGGGCCCCUUCCGGCCUAGAUUGGCCCUAGUUUGGGGACCCCAGACAACAGCUGGGUCUCAGUAGGGGGCGGUGGGAAAGGCCUAGCCGGUAAUCAGCUAAGGAAGCUCUUUGGGAGGUGAGGCGGGUUUCAGGCCGUUCCCUGCUAUCUGGGUCCUCUGAGAAUGGCGGACAAUAAUCCCCUCUCGAAGAAAAGUAAGGAUGAUGUGGUGUAAGCGUAGAUCAAACUCGAAAUCGGGGUUGAGUCUCAGCCUUUUGUACAGCAUCAUUAUCUUGUUGUUCUGUGCAUUUCCGUUUAUUACAUAAUAAAAGGCAUGGUCGCUUUCAGGAAAAUGUCUGAGAAACUACGAAGAUGCAGAAAGGAGCUGACUGCAGCCAUAGACCGAGCCUUUGAAGGAGUCAGGCAUUCCCAGGAGUGCACGGGUCCUCAGAGGCUGGACGCUCCGUCGCUAGCCUCUAUGCCGGUGCACAGGCUGCUCUGCAGAAACCCACUGGCAGCCUGCCCCUCGGCUGCCCCCUGCGCUGGUACCUCAUGUGCUCCUGAGAAUGAGAACCCUGUCUUUACGCCACACCAUGUCCCAGUUAAUGCAAAACCCCUUCCUUUAUACCCCAAGAGAAAACCUCUGACCAGCAAGGAAAAUGUGUUGAUGCACUCUUCCAUUUUGGCACGUGAAAGACAGUUUUGGAGAGCUGCAGGAGAUGGGGAAAACUGGAGAAAAGAAAGUUUAAGGAAGGAUAUGGAAAGAGACUUAAAAGUUGACUCAAACAUGCUGCUCAGCAGUUCUAGCCAAGAGGUCACAAAGGAUCUGCUAGAUAUGAUUGACCAUACAAGUAUCCGAACUAUUGAAGAACUGGCUGGAAAACUAGAAUUUGAAAAUGAAUUGAACCGUGUGUGUGGACGUUGCCAAGAUUCACCCCUGAAGGAGGAGGCCUGGGCCCUGCUUGUGGAUGAGAGCCCUCGGAAGGCUUUGGAUGCUGACCCUGGUAGCCUCAAGCAGGCUUUUGAUGAUCAGAAUAUUGUUGAGACUGUUCUGGACUUGGAGGAAGACUACAACUUGAUGACCUCUUUUAAAUACCAAAUAGAGUAGGAGAGUUGUUUUUCAGCAGCCACAUGGUUAUCAGAAGCAGUCUUCAUAAGGAGUUGGCAGAAGUACCCUGUUCCUGUUGAAUUCCUGGGCUUUAAUAUUCUGUUAUUCUGAAAUGUUUGGAGUUUUUUGACUUGACAAUUUUUAAAGUGUGUUUUUGGUUGGUAUUCAAUAUAUGCAAUACCCUUGA